ACUGGUUUUCAGUUCGCAAUAUUGGAACUUGCAUGGGAGGAAUUCCGAUCGGCAAGACAAAAACACGUCAGGAAAUCUUGACCAGACCUUUGCAAUUAGGGUGCCGGCUCUUUCUCCCUGGCUGUCCUUUGCUUAGACAAGUGGAGCAGGCAGCAGCAAUCAAGGGGUGGAAACGGUCAAAUUUGGCAUCGUUCACGGGAUGAAGCGGCCCCUGAGCCCACCCCACUCCCCAGGGAGGAGCAGCAUCUUUGGGACCCUCACAGAGAACUCUGGUAUAGGGUGCGCACCAGAGCAGCGCACAAAAAGGGAGAAGAAGCACCCGUCGUUCACGCUCUGUGAGGUGUGCAAUAUCCAGCUCAAUUCAGCAGUACAGGCCCAGAUCCACUACAAUGGCAAGUCUCACCAGAAGCGCCUCAAGCAGCUCAGCAAAGGCAAAGCGCUGCCACGCCAAGGUCCAGCCAGCCACAAUAGCUCCCUCUUGACAUCACUCCCCAUCCCAGGACGGUCCCUGCAUUCGCCGCUGGACAUCAAGCAUUUCUUGACCUUCCGCUUCAAUGGAGCCCCCCAGCUCAACCUCUUCCCCAACUUCAACACGAUGGAUCCAGUACAGAAAGCAGUGAUCAACCACACUUUUGGUGUCCCCAACCUACUCAAGAAAAAGCAGUUCAUCUCUUGUAAUAUUUGCCACCUCAGAUUCAACUCUGCGAAUCAAGCUGAGGCGCAUUACAGAGGCCACAAGCAUGCCCGGAGACUCAAAGCCAUUGAAGCAGUGAAAAACAAGCAGAAGAGUGUCGAUGGCAGCGGCAGCCAAGAAAAAACAGCUGCUGACUUUGACACCGCACUAGACCUCAGCGGAGACACCGGCCACAGCAAUGCAGCACAAUCCAACGGCCUGCUGGGAUUGAAUCAGCCGGCAGCAGAGCCCUGCAGCCUCAUCCUGAUGUCCCCUGUUGAGGAGUCACCUGCCGAGCUGGCUGGCGGAAUCCUGUCCCUUGUCUCCCCACCUGUUUCGGAGCCGUCGGAAGGAGCUCCAGACACUGCAAGUGUGUCGUCGUCGUCCGCAGCGCCUGGAGCGGAGACUCCAGCCACUGAACAGGGCAGAAGCGCCAGCUCAGCGCCAGACAUGGAGAAAGAGGGGAAGAAGAGCAAGCAGCACCUAUACUGUCCCACUUGCAAGGUGACAGUUAACUCCGCCUCUCAGCUCGAGGCUCACAAUUCGGGAGCAAAGCACAAGUCAAUGCUGGAAGGCCAGGCCGUUCUGCCAAGGCGAGGCAGGGGGAAGAUCCUCUCCCGAGUAGGGCACAAGCCCAAGCGGAUUGGUAGCAAAGGCAGCCUCAGCAUCCAAAACAAAGCCUUCCAAUGCCAGGUGUGCGAGAUCUUUGUCAACUCAGAAACCCAGCUCAAUCAGCACAUGAACAGCAGGCGGCACAAGGACAGACUGGCAGGAAAGCCAGCAAAGCCCAAAUACAGCCCAUACAGCAAGCUGCAGAAGAAUACGGCCCUGGCAGUGAGUAUUCUGAAGUCCAAACUGGCUUUGCAGAAGCACCUUACGAAGACCUUGGCUGCACGGUUCCUGCCGGGCCCCCUCACCCCAGCCACCAUGUGUGCUCUCCCCAGCCCGCUAACGCUCCGACCAGCUGCUGCUACCCUCUUCCAAGCUCCCAUCUUCGGACCAGCGCUUUUCCGAACCCCCCCAGGCCCUGUGCGAGCGGCUACAGGCCCUAUCGUCUUUGCCCCCUACUAGAGAACUUUGGCACGGUUUUUUGGUUCAUUUAGUUAACCAAUGUGGGGAAGAUCAGGGGAAAAGCAGUACAGGGAAGGAGGGUGUCUUAAUCAGGCUGUACUCUGAGCAGAGGCAAAUCAGAAACCUUCCACUGCUUUAAGCGCCAAUCUUUUCGUCUCCGUUUCUGCCUAUGUCAUUGUUUCAAUUACACAUUGGGGGGAGAGAGUAUUCCCCUCCGUCCGUUUGCAUUGUCCUCCCUCUUAGUUUCAGCCAGGCCUGCAAUGCACCAGGUUUUCAGGCAUUGGUUGAUCUAACUAUGAGCACAACCCACCUUAUCCAGGUGGACAGGUGGAGCUUGCCAAGAACAUUUGGUUAAUUAGAAAUCUGAACAUCUGGAGGUGCCAUUUUACACAGGGUUGCUGCGAUCCAGGAGCCAUGUGAGAUUCAGUGUCUGGGGUUUGCUGGGUGGUGAAUAACCGAGGUCCAAAGAGGAUGUGAUGUGGGAUUGGAGCUACUCACCUUUUCAAUAAGCAAAUGUGAGGGGA